AUGUAUAUUUCAAAAGGAGGAGUUGCCAAUGGGUUGAAAAAGAGAUGCCCGCGAGUAAAACAACAGUGUCAAGCACAACUGUCAACUUUUCAAAAGGAUGGAAUACUUAUCACGACAUGUCAAGGGCUUGAAGCCCGACAGGCAAUACUCGUCAAACAUGUGGAGAGACCAUCAGACUGGAAGGCGCAAAUGAAGAAGUGUUUUGAAGUAGCAAACCGAUUCAAGAUUAAAACAGUGGCGUUUCCAAUUCUAGGCCCAGGUGCAGAAACCCUUUUUGAUGCUCUUGACGAGUUUAUGUCAGAUGGAAACACUGAUUUGAAGAUAAGUGAGGUUCAUCUUAUCGUCUUUAAAACUCAAGCGGAACGAUUUCAACCAAUCAUAGAUGUUUUAUGUAGCAAGGCCAUGAAAGCGACUUCAGACUUAGAAAGUGGAUCAUUUGGACAGAUAAAGAAAGCUGGGAGGAAGUUAUGGAAGAGGAAAAAGGAAUUUGUAGAUGUAGGCUAUAUGGUAUCUGAAGAAGGAGCAACGGCACAACCCAGUCAUUCACCCUCUUCUUCGAAAAGAAACACAUCGACCCUUGCACUAUAUAUUUACUCCGACUCCAGUGAAAAUAUACAGAGAUGUAAACAACGGCUAGAAACACAUCUGGAAGAAGCACUGAUAACCGCAUAUGUGAAACAAUACAAAGUAAUCGUUUGCUCGUUAACAAAAGAGGAGAAAGAAGAGCUUGAAUCAUUGCCGCUGGUGGUUGACAUGAACAUAGAUGAAAACAAUGGGAUAGUGGUAAUUAAAGGCGAAAGAAAUCUCGCAUCCGAAGCGCAAUCUAAUGUUAAAGAAAUGUUGAUGCGAUUUGAAAAGAAUCGAUGCGAACUUGAACAAUCUCCAGAACUCGCGAAAAAGAUAGAAUGGCAGUAUGAAGAAGAGGAUUACAGCGAAACGAAAUACAAGUUCUAUGGGAAUUUACAAAGUUUCAAAAUGGAGAUGGCGUAUCAAAGAAAUGAAAGGUAUUACUAUUUCAUGGACAAUGAUAUGAAGUAUGUGAUCGACUUCAAUGACAUGAUUGAAUACCCUGAAAAUGACAAAGCAGAUCUCGUUCGUGUGGUUCGCAAGGAAAUUAUGAAAGGACAACAGGUGCCCUUGCCGAUUGACUGGAAGCCUAUGAGAGACGGUGUCCCUAAGCUGGUAGAGCUCAAGCCCGAAGAAAAACAAUUCAAAGACAUUGAAAGUCGCUUCAUGGUUGAGGUAUAA